CAAGAUAUGAAUAAUUUUAAAGCUAAGUCUCAUUAUGAUAGUCCAUGCGACUCUGAUAAUGAUUGGACCGAAUCAUCGGGAGAUUCCAAAUAUUCUGAUUCAGAAAGUUCAGUUCCGGAAUGGGACUCAGAUAUCGGGGAAGAUGGUGAGCUCAUGUACAUUAAACUAAAAAAGGAUGAUGCAAAUCCUUCCGAAUCCACUGCUCCUUUACUCGAGAACUGUGAAGCUUUCAAACUUAGAAACAAUUUCAAAAGAUCUUCUGCACGGCAUUCCACUAAAGGUAGCAUAUUCAAAGUAUUGAGGUCUCGAAAGCCUAAACAUGCAGAAAACACCCAACUUAGAAAGAAAAAUGAGAGUGGCCAAUCAGAUCAGAUCCUAUUGGCAGGAGGCAAUAACCAACUGGUUGUUAUACAAGUGAGUAAAAACAUGAUUUUCAGCAGUGAAAAGAACUGCCAGUUAGAGAAACUGUUUGGUAUCAGUGUAGAAACAUACUCUGAUGGUAAAACACUGGUAAUAUCAGACUUCUUGCCGGAAGCACAACACAUUUAUAACAGCAAAGUCAAGAAAGGAUACCACUUGUACAAAAUAAAUGGCAUUGAAGUCAACACCUGCAAUAUCAACAUGGUCUUACAAAGAGUAACAGAGGACCCUGACAACAUUAAAUUAACAUUCAGAGUGAAGAAUGAAGAAAUAUAUUUUCAUACAGAAAAGCUUUUAACUAUGAAAGAUGGACCAGAUAACACUGUAUCGCAAUUCAUAAAGGAAUCUAAAUGCUCUGUGAUAUAUAUUUCUAACAACAAUGCUGAGUUGGAUACCAAUGAUGAUAAAGGUGUCUUGUAUUGCUACCCCCGGCCUUUUAGCCACAACUUUCUGUAUAACACUAGAGGGGCGUAUAUGACGUUAAAUCAUUUAGCACCGAAAUCUCUUGGCACUAGUGAUCCAAUUACAACAACAGUCAUUAACAAUAACAUCUUGAUUAAUAUAGCAUAUACUGUAAACUCAAAUGAUUUGCUUCUGGUUGCUUUCCCAAAUAGCAAAGUGGAGUUGUUCACAACAAAAAAAGUUAUAGUGCAUAUUGUAAAACUAUUGGAGUUUCUCUAUGGAUCACUGAAAACUUGCUUUACAAAGUCGAACAAUAUUGAUAAACUGGACUGUUUGUUUUCAAGAAUUUUUAUUACUUUGUUGAUGGAUAAACAAAAUCAUACUAGUAAUAUACAUAACAAAAGAAAUGAGAAGGAUAGGAUAAAGUUUGAGGAUUUAGUGGCUUCACACUCGGUUCCCCUUCCGAUGGAUGUGAAAAUACAAAUCGAUGAAGCCAUCGCUGAGCUAGAAGCUGCCGACUAUAGAGAAUGGACAGACGAUAUAGACACCUACCAACGCCUCUACACCAUAGUAGGGGCCAGUCUAUACUACUCAGGCCACCUUCUAUCCUCCCACCUACAAGACGAUGACCAGAAGGAAAUACACGCAUUACUGUGGCUGAAUGGAAUCCUCAAACUGAGUGAAGAGAAAGAUAUCGAACAGUUCAUUAUGUGGAAAGAAGUGUUUAUCAGUGAACAUCGCAAGCAGGUGGCUGGGGAUAUUAAAGAGUAUAGGAUUCCCGAUGGACGAUGGUUUCUAUUAGUCGUGGGAAAAGGACACUUUAUUCUGGCAACACUCAUGGAGGCUGGAGGGUGCACGGAAGAUGCAGUCGGCACCACCCCUCCAUCCCCCUUCUACGUGGAAGAGUGCGAGAGUUGCGUACAGACACUAUACGACGUGGAACUGGACAAGUACCUGGCUCGGUGGCUCGCGCACAACUCGCGGCCGCAGAUUCAGACAUCGCCGGAGACACUCACCAGACAGGGGAAGAAGAUUAGGGACCAUUUGUCAAAAUCGACAGACACGCUGAAACUUUCAACGCUAAAACUGGCGAAAUCGCAACUUGAUCUCAAGAAACGGCACAACUCAUCAGAACAGAUCCACCUCGGCUCCAGUACCAGUGAAACGUCUAUAAACACCAGCUACGUCGGCAGCCAUCACAAUAUUCACAGUCUGCACAGCCAGUGGUACAAUCCGCCGCAGAAAUCUUACCGGCAUUCCAGUAACUUGGACGUCAGUUAUUCGGAAGAUUCUAAUAGCUGUAAAAGUAACAGUGAAAUAAGCGACGAGCGAGUGCAGGGUCGUCGCGCGGAUAGAGAACAGCGGAGUCGCCGGGAUUCCUCCGGCUCUGACUCAGAUUGGGACAGACAGGAAGGAAGUAGAGCCAGUGGAAGUAUAGACAUGUCGGACGUGAGGAAGUCGUUGCUACACGAGAUAAAUCAUGUCACUACGCACAGAAUAACAGCAGGCGAAGAAAACGUUUUAUUCCAUUUUGUUCAGUUAGAAUCAGAGAGGGGCGUUUUACUAGCUCCCUUGAAGACCAUAGAAUCUCAGUGCAACAACGCCUUAUAUGCACAUAUCAUGAAGACAUUUAGAUCCGCCAGCAAGAAAAUACAUGAACUAUUACAACAUAGUAUAAGAUUCAAAAAAGACACCCCAUCAAACCACCUCAACAAAAUACUGGUGGCAGUAAAAGAAUAUGGUAUGCUGUUCCAAGCACCCCAAGAUGUGUUGAAUCAAUGCGGCCUCAGCAAGAAGAAUACUGAGCCUUUCCUGUUUUGGGUCGUUGGAUGUAUAUUCAGUGAACCGGAGCCUAGGGAGCUCUAUCUGUGCUAUCACGAGUCGGUGCCUCAAGAUCUCACUGAAGUGGCCUAUUUAUUGUCCUAUUUGGAGUAGCUUUUAUAAGCGCAAAGAGUAUUGAUGAUGUUAUUGAAGAAGUAUUUUUUUUAUAUCGAAUACAUUAUUAGUGUUACUAUUAUAAUUGUGAUAGGUAUGUGUA